GGCAGCCCGUGAAGUACGGUGUGGUGUUUUUAGGUUAUAAGUUUUAAUAAUCUUACAUUUCUUUAAACCAUCUAUAAACAUUUUAGAAAGCGUUGAUUAAUAAUAAUUACAAUGGAAGAUUUAGAAGAUACUGAUUUUGUUGCGUCUGGGCAUGAUCGCCUUGUAAACGCCAUAUCCAAAUUAGAUAAAACUCAACACAUAACUGAACCGACGCGAAACGAAUCAACAAAUCUUAAUUCAGAGUUUAAUUUAAUCAAAAGGAGUAAUAAACUCGAUCUAAAUAAAGUAGUAAAUGUUUUGAAGGACACCAGUCAUCAUGGGCAGAUAAGUAAAAAACUCAAGAAAACACAAGAUACGUCAACUGUUUUGCCCAAACCUUUAGAGAAACCUCAAGCUGAACGCAUCAAAAGGUCUACAGGAUAUGAAGAGGCUAAGGAAAAGGUCGGUAGAUGGGACCCAGUAGUAGCACAUAGUAGAACUGUGGACUAUGUGGUUUUUCCAUUGAAAAAUGUGUCAACAAAACCAGAACCAGCUGAAGAGUUUAUAUCCAAGUUUACACUGAAAUCUCCUUUGGAGAAAGAGCUGGAUGCUAUAGAUCCACCAGUAGAGAAGGUAAUUGAAGAUGAAGAAGACCAGGUUUACCCUAUGUCCUAUCUCGAAAUGGUAGAGCAUAGACAGCAUCUUGCCAAAAUACGUGCACAGCAAUCAUAUAAAGCAGCUAAAGCCAAGAGGCAAAGUAAAAUAAAGAGUAAAAAGUAUCACAGGAUAUUGAAGAAGGAAAAACUAAAGCAGCAACUAAAAGAGUUUGAAGAGUUGCAGAAAGAGAAUCCAGAAGAGGCUUUGAAAAAGUUAGAUGCACUGGAGAAGGCUCGAGCUUUGGAAAGGCACACUCUUCGUCACAAGAACACUGGUAAAUGGGCAAAGAACAAAAUGAUCAGAGCAAAAUAUGAUAAGGAUGUGAGACAACAGAUUGCUGAACAAUUGGCAGUGAGCAGAAGUUUGACCAAAAAGGUACAAGAUACUGAAAGUACUGAUGAUGAGGUUGAGGAAAAUGAAAACAUUCCUGACAUAACUCUUGCACAAGAUCCCAUGAAUCCAUGGAUGCUCAAGAGAUCUGACAAAGCGAAUAUUGAUGCUGAAUUUAAUUUUGGUUACAAAAAAUAUGUCAAAGACAGAAUGUUCAAGAGAAAAGAAGAUAGUGAAACAGACUCUAAUGAUGAACAGUAUGAUGAUACAAAUACAUCAACAGAUAAGCUGAAGGAUUUAAAACAAAGCAUUCAAAAAAUAAGUCAGAUAAACAAUGUUGUUCAAAAUAAUAAUGACACAAAGGGGGACAAAAAAGUACCUAAAAAGAAGUUCAGCAAGACAUCCAUCACAAAAGCGCCAACUGCAACUUCAAAUUGGGUUGUAGAAAUUCUUGAUAAUAAUAAUGAGGAAAGUAUUAUACAAGAAGUAUUUAAUGCGUUUGAUUCACUUGAAAGUAAGGCUUCUAUUGAAGUAGAAAAUAAAUUAAACAAGCUAAGAAAGAGUAUUGAUCGAAUUGAUAAAAUAAACAAAAAAAUACAAAAAGAAAGUAAAAAAGGAACCAAAAAGUCAAAUAAUAUUAAUGAAGAAGAAACAGAUAAUAUUGAAUAUCUGAAACUUAAGAAUCAGAAACCAAAAGCGGUUAUAGAUGAAGAGUUAUUAGAGACUCCUAGUAAUGUGGAUAAUGUAGAAAUAGAACCACAGCCACAAGUGACUCUUGACAAACCAAGACAUGAAGCUACAGACUCGAACAUUGACCCCAGUAGAUUUAUUGAGGUAAAGCCAAAAUUUUUAAACAGUGCAGUCCCUAAUGGUGAUAAAAACUUGGAUCAACUUGAUGAUGAUGAUGAGCAAGUUGUACCAAAAGUAAACAUAGAGGAAGUAUUUGAAGAAGAUGAUGUAGUCGACAGCUUUAGACAGGAAAAAGAAGAUGAAGUGAAGAAAGAUCAGUUAGAAGAUAUUGACUUGUCUUUACCGGGUUGGGGUACUUGGGGAGGUAAAGGAGUUAAAGCAACAAAGCGAAAAAGGAACAGGUUUAUUCUUAAAGCACCACCAAAAAUGCCUAGAAGAGAUGACAAUAAAGGUGAUAUAAUUAUAAAGGAAUUUAGGAAUCCUCAACUUGCUUCUCAUAAAGUCACUCAGGUACCUUUUCCAUUCAAAAGUGUAAAAGACUAUGAAGCAUCUAUAAGGCUUCCAAUUGGAAAUACAUUCAUACCUGAAAAGGCUCACAAAGAGUUGAUUCGACCUGCUGUUAUUACAAAGGCAGGUACAACCAUUGAACCCAUGGAUGAAGAAGAGCUAUUGCAACCUAAAAAUAGGAGAUUUAGGAAUAUGGAUGUAAUCAAAUUGUUAGCUAAAAAAUAAACAUUGUUCAAUUUUA